AAGCUCUGACAGGGUUCGUUGUUACUUGAUACCGGCGUACACAUAAAGUUGAAAGUGAAAGCUUAUUUAACCGGAAAGUAUUUGACAGCAACUGCUCCAUAGACAUAUGCUUCAUGCAUUACCACAGCUGUUGUUUACAUGUCAAGUAGGUGUUUGUACCCUUCGUGACCCGUGAAACGUUAUUUCAGCAGCUAACUCCGCAUUAGCGUUCGUCAGUUUGAAUGUCCUGUGAAUAACAACAAGCGCGCACUUGAUAAACUGACAAGGGGAAGACGUUUGAGGAAACGUAUGACAUGGAGAUAUGAAAAGGAAAGCUAGAGCAAUGGGUGCAACUUACAGCGUCGAUUUAAACACGGCUCCACCUAAAGCAGUGCAACUGUCAGCCUCGCCUACAAUUGAUCUUACUUUCCCACUUCCUCUGGACAUCCUGGAGGAAAUCUUCCUGCAUCUUCCCCACCAUGAGGUGGUGUUGACAUGUCGGUUAGUGUGCCAUCAGUGGAAACAUGUCGCUGACAGUGACUCUUUCUGGAGAGAAAGGUGCAGAAGAGAAGGGUAUCGCCUCAAAGAUGCUUCCAAAACACCCGAUGACUGGAAGUUGUUUUAUUUCUUGUGCAAGAUGAGAAAAAAUCUCAUUCAGAAUCCAAGAGGCGAAGCUAAAAUGAAGGGUUGGAAGAUCGUGGAGAAUGGUGGUGAUGAGUGGAAAAUAGAAGGACUCAUGGAGGCACAUCCAAAUGAAGCAGUCAAGUCUAAUUUUGUGACCUCUUAUGGCAUGUGCAGAAAGUCGCAGUUGAUUGAUUUGGUCAAGGAAGGCUACAGCCCAUCAUUUAUGGAUGACUUUCAGCCACAAAUUAAAAUAUCUGAUUGGUAUGCACCUCGUUGGGACUGUGGCUGUGAAUAUAUGAUCUUUGUGCAGCUGCUGAAUCAAGACAAAAAGGUUGUUGAUGGAUUUACUCCUGACACGGUUUACUUUCCCCAGUGGAAUGAUCAGCAAUGGCAUCAGAUGACUCAUGUUUUCAAGGAUUAUGGACCAGGAGUCAGAUACGUCCAUUUUGUCCAUGGUGGCAAAGAUACACAGUUCUGGGCAGGAUGGUAUGGCAUUCGUAUAACAGAGAGCUGUGUUGAAGUAUGCCCUGCAGAGGACUGAUGGUAACACUGAUAGAUGAUUAAUUAGAAUACCUUACAUUACCUGAUAAAAAAAAAUCACCUCAUGUUUUUAGCCUGACCAAAGUCAGAGAAUCCAUGCACAUUAAUAAAUUGAACAUUUUUGGUCAUGUUUGUGAUUUUAUUUGGUUAACAUUAUCUGUUCAUAAUUUUUUUAGGGUUUUUUUUUUUUUUUGUCUGAACUAUUGCUUGAAACGAUUCUCCAAGCUUUUCUUCAUAAAUAUUAAUUCAAGCAUUAGAUCAGAUUUUCAUACAAAUGAGAGGAUCCAAGAAAUUAAUAAUCUAAUUAUAGCACCACUGAGGGGAAACAAAGGAAUCAUUACACAGGAUUUCUGUGUUUAAUUCUCUUUAUAUGACAACAUAUUAAAGCACUACCAAAGUGGAAGAAAUGUAAACUAUAUGCUGCUCAUUUCUUGCACUGUUAGCAUUUGGAUUUGCAAUCGUAUUUGUUUGACAGUAAUAAUUGUUUGUGGUGGUGGUAUCUAACCUCCUACAAUAGUAACACAUACUUGAAACUGUUUUCAGUCUGUAUGCUUUGUAUUCGGUUACGUUUUAUCGUCAGAUUUUUUGCUGUUGCACAUUAUGUUUUUGCAACUUUACUAUAACAAUGUUAGCUUUAUUAUUCUUGAAUGGCAAAUUAAAUUGGAGGGUUUAAGGGCCUUGCUCAAAGUGGUUCACCUCUGUGGCACCCCGGGGUGCCCACCACUAUAAUUACUACCACUCCCUGCACUUUUAUGGCCUUAAACAGCAGAAUAAGCUGCUAUUGUACAUGUUUAAUGUUUUUAAAACGAACAAAAAACAAUACUAAUACCCAUUUUAAUUAAAUGUUCUCACUUGUAUCUUGCAACAUAUUAAAACAUUGACUUGUUUUACUAGCAUAAUUUAUGGGUAUGAGAAUCAAAAGUUGAAUGAGUAACAGAACUUAAAAAAGUUAUCCUAAAUUAUCUACAUGUGAGUGUAAAAUCCCUUUAAAGUUCUCAGUAGAUAGCAGAAUGUACCAAAUAAAGUUUGAAAUAUUAUUUUUACUACAUCUGAUCAAAUGUACUUUAAAUGUACUUUAAAUAAUUAUCCACGCAGAUUAUCAUGUUUGCAAAUGAGAACUGGUUCUCAAACAGUUUUUCCUGGUUAAAUAAAGGUUAAAUAAAUAAAUAAAUUAUGCUCCUUAUGAUAGAGUAUUAAAGUACCAUAACAGCACUACUUUGCACACAUACCUUUAUUUGCCAAAUCUGUCUUUUGUAAUUUGUUGUUCAUAUUAAUUAAAUAAAUUUGCGUAUUUGUAAAACAAGUGGUUGCUGUGAACUUUUUGGUGGCAACAUGUUGAACUUUGGAUUUUAAAAAAAUAAUGUUAAACAAGACUAUCAAUGAAUGCAAUGUAUUUUAGUGUUCUGAAAUGUCUUGUUAAGCUUUCAUACAUACAUUUUUUUAAAGAUAAUUCUUUUAUGCUACACAUUGGUGGAUUAUGUGUGAAAAUGUACAUUACAAGCAAGAUACUCUAAAACUUUGUCAAGAGAAUAAAAAUCAGAUUAAAAUUUU